CGAGCUUUCUGCAAUAUACCGAUCAGAUGAACCAAAAUAACAGCUUCUGCGUCCCUAACCUCGUAUAGACAUGCAUCCGAAUUUCCCAAGCGAUCAUGGCAAUGGACGAGUGGGCGGCCAUAGACACAAAUCGAUUCAUAGGCUUCUCGGUGGAGGGAGAGCCGCGGACAUUUUGCUGUGGAAGGACAGGAACUUGUCAGCAGGUGUGCUUGUUGGGGCCACGUUGAUAUGGUUCCUGUUCGAAGUUGUUGAGUACAACAUUAUACCGCUGAUUUGCCAGAUAGCCGCCCUGGCCAUGCUCGUGAUCUUCAUCUGGUCAAAUGCUGCGCCCCUCUUGAACAUAGCCCCUCCAAGAAUCCCAGAAGUCAUCAUCUCUGAACAUGCCUUCCGACAAGUAGCACAGAUCAUCCAUUACAAACUGGCACACACUGUGUAUGCUCUUUAUGACAUUGCAUGCGGGAAGGAUCUGAAGAAAUUCCUCUUGGUGGUCGUGUCACUGCUAAUAUUGUCCGAGAUAGGAAGUUCUUACAGCUUCACAAGUCUACUAUAUCUUGGAUUUCUCUGCGCCCACACUUUGCCAGCAUUGUACCAAAGAUAUGAGAUAGAGGUUGACCACCUAGCCGCAAGGGGUAGUGAAGACAUCAAGAGGUUCUACAAGAGGAUCGAUUCCAAUUUCCUGAACAAAAUACCAAGAGGCCCUGUCAAGACAAAAGUCAAAUAAAAUAUACUUCCUAUGGAUACAUCAAUAGUUCCCUUGAAAGGAUGCAUGGAUGGACCUAUCAUCAUUUGCAACAGAAUGUGUGAACACAAUCCCACAAAUGCGAAAAAGUAACUCCAUUUGAGCUUGGAGAAUUCAGAUCUAACUGCUACCAUCCAAAUGUACCUACCAAUCCGUGAUACAAGCAUAUUUUCAUGACUUCAACAAUCAAUAUGAAAUGGACACUAAUGUUGUAAUCUCAACAAAGCAUAUGUUACCAAGAACUGUGUGGUGAUUUCUUUUUCUAUUGUGAGACCAUGGGUUUGUUUUUUUUUAAGUACAAGUGUACAACACAAAAAAAAGGGUCCAAUAUGGGCUCAGAAAGAAAAAUAGCUAACAUUACCUGAUUCAUCA